CCUCUUUUCCCGGCAUCCUUUCUGAUUGAUUUCCUGGCGCCCUGCCAGGGCGGAAGUGGUCCGAGAUGAUGGCAGCUGUUAUUCCUUUCCGUGUUUCCUCAGCGAGAUCUGCCUGGGUAGCGAUCGCCUCGAUGCUGCUGCUGCUGCUGCUGCUUAUAGUGCCAGGACCCUCGUUGGCCGGCAGGAAUCGAGUCAAAGUACUGACUGACGGAGCGUGGCAAGAACUGCUGCAGGGCGAAUGGAUGGUGGAAUUCUAUGCUCCUUGGUGUCCUGCCUGUCAGAAUUUACAGCCAGAAUGGGAAAGCUUUGCCGAAUGGAGCGAGGAUCUUGAAGUGAACAUUGCCAAAGUGGAUGUAACAGAGCAGCCAGGACUAAGUGGAAGGUUUGUCAUAACAGCACUUCCCACCAUUUACCAUUGUAAAGAUGGAGAAUUUAGACGGUACCAAGGUCCCCGAACCAAAAGUGACUUCAUCAAUUUCAUCAGUGAGCGAGAAUGGAAGUCUGUUGAGCCUGUUUCUUCGUGGCUUGGGCCAUCUUCAUUUCUGAUGAGCAGCAUGUCUGCCUUAUUUCAGCUUUCCAUGUGGAUUAGGCAAUGUCACACUUACUUCACAGAAAACCUUGGUAUACCAAACUGGGGGUCCUAUGCAAUUUUUGCAUUUGUAACUUUGUUUUCGGGGUUGCUGCUAGGCCUUAUAAUGGUGUUUCUGGCUGAUUGUGUGUGUCCCUCUAAAAAGCAAAGGCCAUACCAGCAUCCUCAUCAAAGAAAGCUAGUAGAAUCUGCUCAGCAUUUGAAAAAAAAAAAUGAAGGACUUGAUGGAGUCAAUCUUGAUGGUGAAAUGGACCGUGGAGAUCCAUGGUACCCUGUUCCUCCACCCAAUCCAGUGAGACAACGCAUCGCAAAACCAGCCUCUGAAGCAGAGCAGUCAUAGCUCUUGCCAGCAAGCUCAUCUUCUGGAGAUCCUGGAUGGAUGCCUGAUAUUCAAAUACGCUGGUGGGCAGGAGAGGUGGGAAAGCCCUCCUCUUCUACCUCCCAAGAGAAGCAAGACUCAGAAUCAUUUUGAGAUGGUGAAAAAUUGUUUCUGAAUCUUUCAGUGGGACAAGUUUAAAGCGUGGUAACAGAAAUGCUUUACCUGUCCCUCUGGAACAGGUGCGGGAGGUGCAAAGGGUUAAUUUGCCUAUGACACAGUGAAAUCCAGAAUUUCGAUGAGUUACCAGUCUGCAAUGCCGGGACAAACAUUGGGCCCAAAAUUGGACGAUCCCUUCUGAUGUAGCCUUUCCCUCCAUCUAGAAAUAAGGAGGAAAAAUGCUUUCUUCUAUUACUUCUUUGGAUCCCAACUCAAGAGGUUACUUCUACAGCUGGCUUGCUUUUACAAGUGUAAAAUUUAAAAAAAGCCUUUUUUCAUUCUAAUAAUAAUUUAAAAAAAAACCCUUUUAGCUAAUUUUGAAUACCCAGGAAGAGUUGAAGCCCAGAUUUUUGAACAGCAGCUAAUUCUCACAAAAUUUGGAUCCCAUGGCAAAUAGGUUUUUUUUUUCUGUUUUAAAUUGCUUGUUAUGUGAGGUGGUUAUUUGAGAGACUAUUCUUCCAGAGUGAAAGAGCCAAAGAAUCCCUUUUGCCUAGCCUGAACUCUAUCCUGUUCCCUAAUGUUGCUUGAUUAGACACAUCAAGCUUCAUACGCAACUAAUUGGCAGGAAAAAGAAGUAAUUAUGUAAAGUUAGUUUAGUUAUCUUAUUCCUAAUAGCUUAAAGACUAAGACUUAGAAGUUUAUUAGAUAAUCCUGUAGGGGAAGGUGCCGCUCCUAGCAUAGUUGUCAAUUUCUUUCCCUGGGGGAAACUUUUUGCUUAGAUCUUAGAAUAAAAUCUCAUUUUUAUCAGUAUUUCAGGACAUGUGGAUUCUUGCAGCAGUUUCCAUCAGCAUGCCAUAAAGCCAAGAAAUUCUGCCAGCUAUCAUUUUUCAUCUGUUUCCUUUUAGAUCUAUUUCCCAAGACACAACAUUCUCAGAAAAGUUUCUGACAACACUUUCUUUUUUUACCACAAAAAAGUCAUUUUGACAAUAUUUUUGGUUAAUCAAAAUUAAUCCUCAAGGAGGAAGACUCAGUGGCCAUUUGACAUAGCUGGUGACUCUGCCUUAACCACCUAUUAUGUUGACAAAUCACAAGGUUUUUUUAAAAAAAGUUUUAAUAAAAUAAGAUAUUUUUAGGUUUGAAAAGCUUUAGAAAAAACAUAUUUCCUUGCAAAGACAGUAGUGUAUGCCCUUGGCUGAUAAGUAGAAUACAGUGCAGUUGGCUUAUGAAAUAGGCUUAGAGCAGUUGAAUUUUGUAUAAAAUAUCUCUCUUCCCCUUCUUAAAGCUUCCUUUAUAUUCUCAUAAAAACUAGGAAUUACUUGUCAUUCUUUUCUGAACCCUGUCCAAGUUUUGAUGUAUGUAAUGGGAAACUCACAGACCAUAGCAUUGCUUGUUUUUCCAUUUGCAUUUUCUGUAUGGGGGGGGGGGGGAAAUCACAUUUUCUUCCAAAGAUGUUAAAAGAUGCUGUGGCCAGUAAGCAGCCAUCUCCCCUGCUUGUUCGUGGUUUUCCUGUUUCCUUAAAAGGUCUUCCAGCCAUUGGGAAUCAGGUUCUUUGGCUCUAUGUAGGUAUGUUUGCCUCUGCUACAGAGAAUUAACUCAGUUAAUAUUUCUUCCUCUCUACCCCCAGCUUUGAUAUGAACUUUUAUGAAUGUUUUGAAAAGGGUCGUGUUUGUCUUUGAAGACCCAUGGUGGUGCAGUGGUUACAAUGCAAUAUUGCAGGCUAAUUCUGCCGACUGCCAGCAGUUUGAUCCUGGCUAUCUCAAGGUUGACUCAGCCUUCCAUCCUUCCGAGGUGGGUAAAAUGAGGACCCAGAUUGUUGGGGGCAAUAGGCUGACUCUGUAAACUGCUUAAGAGGGCUGUGAAGCGGUGUAUAAAGUCUUAAGUGCUAUUGCUGUUCAGUGCCGAGACAAGGAUAUGCAAAGAGGUUGUUCCGUUGGUCAAGUUGUCUUACAUUUAACCAGGACUGUAUUAACUGAUUGAAACAAGCUUCUCAGGCACCUGUUCUUGUUUCAACAAUGGCUACAUACUGACAACUGGGACUUCCAUACUGAAGCAUUGAAAUUAAUGCAUAUUUGCUUUAACGUGAUCUGUAUGGAGAAUCAGUAGGUGUCCUUGAAAGCAGUCUGGCUUCAUUCUGUGCAGUCCAGUCUAUGGGAAAUUGCUACUAACCUCCGGGACUUUCUGCUAGCUCAUCUGCUGCUAUUGCCCCUAAGAGCUCUGUUGAAUCUAAAGCUAGUUUAGGUUUCUUGAAAUGGAGAUACUUCUCCCUGCAGGCAAACAUCUGGAUUUUAUUGUUGAGUUUCUCUCUCAACAGUCUCUCUCUGGUCAACACAACCUCCACUGAAAGAAGCCUUCAGGCAGAAUGAGUUGUCACACAAUGAAGGGGGAGAUAAAGUUCUAAAUGUACCUGUUCCUUGUUGCGUUGUCCUUUUG